AUGCCCGGAAUUCUCCCUAUGAAGGUGAUCAAGGUGGGCACCAGCUCUCAGAGUCGGAUUGCACAGGCUUGUGAUCGUUGCAGAAGCAAAAAGAUUCGGUGUGAUGGAAUACGGCCAACAUGUUCUCAAUGUGCUAACGUCGGCUUUGAAUGCCGGACAAGCGACAAGCUUAGCCGCCGCGCAUUCCCUCGUGGCUACACCGAAUCUUUGGAGGAGCGCGUGCGACAAUUAGAAAGCGAAGUCCGAGAACUCAAGGACUUGUUAGAUGAGAAGGACGAGAAGAUAGAUGUGCUCUCGAAAAUUCACGGCAACCGAUCAAGUCCUACAAUGCCGGCGAGCAGCCCAGCUGUACCCGAGUCACGGAAUGAAGCCAUGGCCGCAAAAGAAGAUACUUUCCGCGUGCAAGCUGCACCUCUAUUACUUGGAGUCGAGAAUUCUGAUUCUUAUUUUAUGGGCGCGUCUAGCGGCAGAACAUUUAUUGAGUCUUUCAAGCGAAAAUUUCAAGAAACCGGCAAACCUAGCACCGACUUCAACCCAGAGGCUUUCUUGCAUAUCCAAGGCUGCAAGCCCCUUGGUCCCAAAUCGCCAGAGCAAUCUUUUAGGCUUCCUCCUCGUCUCUUCUCUGACCGUUGUGUAAAUGUUUACUUCCAGGAGUGGGCUCCUCUGUUCCCCAUCCUCCACAAGCCCACAUUCCUCCAUGUCUACGAGGAAUUCGUCGCCGAUCCCGAGAAGAUCAAAGGCAACCAUAAGCUCGCGCAACUCUACCUCGUAUUCAGCAUCGCGGGUCUGUCAUCAGAGAACCCUGACCUUCCCCAGCUUUCUGCAUGUGAGCAGCAAUGGCAAACCUCUUUGGAUGCUAUUCUCAUGGAGGAUACUAUGAAUACCUUACAGUGCCUGUCUCUCGCCCUCCUUUACUGCACUAUGCGUGCAGACUAUAAGCGAUUGCAGCACUACAAGGGCAUCGCUGUCGGCCUCUCUCAUCGCCUAGGCCUGCACCAGAGUCAGAGGAGAUUCUCCUUCGGUGCUCUCACAAUUGAGACACGAAAGAAGGUCUUCUGGACUAUUUACACUCUCGAUUGCUUUUCUGCCGCUACUCUUGGCCUUCCUAAGCUUCUCAAAGAAGAGGAUAUCCAGACCGAGUAUCCAUGCGAUACUGAUGAUGAGUAUGUUACUGAACAGGGCUUCCAGCCUACGCUUCCUGGUGAAUAUACUCGCCUUUCGAGUGCACUAGCCUUGUUCCGUGCGACUCGCAUCCUCGCCAAGGUGCUAGAGAAGAACUACCCCGCCUCAAGCUCCUACGAGAUUUCGCUUCAACAGAUGGCUGCUCUUGAGAGUGAGCUUGAUGCUUGGUAUGACCAGCUGCCUACCCAUCUGCGACUGAACUUCGUCCAAGAUAAGCCAUCCACAGAUGUGACUGGUAGCCGCUCACCAUUGCUGGCACUGGCCUAUUACUACAUCCGAACACUUAUCUAUCGUCCGGCAGUAGGCUCCAGUUUGGGUUCCAAGGCGGCCUCGGCCCUGAUGUCAAUCGGAGCGUCGAGCAAGCACAUCGUUCAGAUUGUCCAGCUGCUUGAAGAACGCGGCAUGACCUUCUCAUUUUGUUUGAACAAGACGGAUCUGCUGGUUGUUUGUGGCAUGGCGCUGCUCUACCACUCGAUUGAUCUCAAGCAAGACAGCAAACUCAUGCGCGAUGACGAACGAUUGGUAAAUGCCGUUAUUCAUAUCCUGGACAAGAGCGAGGGCUCUGGCUCACUGGACUUUAAGCGUGUGGCUAGCGUGCUGGUCAAAGUUGACGAAUCCGCUGUCUCGCCAAUGCACACUUCACGUGAGGUGUCGAUGCCCCCCGCGCCCGUCUCCAACCGAGGGUCGCCACCAAGAGACAUGGUUACCAAACCCAAGAAGAAGGGCAGGGCAGCCUGCCCCCUCGGUCAGCUCCCAGCCGCUGCAGCCAGCGAGAGCAAUUUGAUUGACCACCAGGAGAGGAUGCGUCGCAUGACGAUGCCCUGUGUCGCCGACCAGCGACCCGAAUUAUACCGUGCUCGGGGCCGUCAAUCAUUUGACAAUCUUCAGGCCGAGGUUCCCAUGCUCCAGCGAGGACAUCGCAUGUCGAUGUCCCCGAACCCAGACCGCAAGGCUUCCCCCCUGUCCCGCAAUCUCGACUUCAUGCCCUUUGCCCACUCAUCGCAGUCACCACAGCCAACUUCACCACAACAGACACGUGCGCACUCCCAUUCUGGUCCUACAAACCAGGCCCAUCACAUGAUGGAGAGCUCUUCGGUUGCUGCCGCUAAGGUGAACGGGGUUUCAACGACUGAGUGGGAAACAUUGCUUGGAUCAUUGGAUGGUGGAAUGAACAACGUAUACGAUGCUAUCUAUGGUGGGCAAGGACUUGUCAACGAGAGUGCCAUUGCUGUUAGCAAUUGUGGUGAUUGGCCCCCGGACAAUUGGGAUCUCGGCGGGUUCAGCAUCGCCGAGUUUGGAAACAACCCGCAGCCUCCCCAGAGUGUUCUCAGCAUGAGUGACGAGAGCCUUAGCUCGGGUGAGGAGGUUGGCCCCUCGGAACUCGGACUGAGCGUGGAGAGCGUUGACUAUCGCAACCACAUGGUGACUCAACAACAUGGUCAUGAAGGAUAUAUGAUGCCCGACCAUAUGGAGACGUUCCCUAUCUUGUAA